ACACAUUAUCGCUGUAAGCCUGUGUGCUUGUACAACCUGUGUGACCAGUUGGUGUCAGACAUGUAUCCUACAUCUUUUCUCUCUUUAGAAAUUAGCAAAAUUUUAAGCGUUUGUUAAAUCUUCGAUCAACUAAAGUAAAGGUGACAAAUUACAGGUGUGUUGCGGUAUCAUCACCUGUGUGAAAUUACCUUGACUCCAGAAGGCGAUGACUGGGAAUGGAUAGCAGUGCUUCUAAAACACUACGGACCCUUUUGGAACAAAUGCAGUCAGAACCCUUGGUUUCCAUAAUGGCUAACAAGACACCACCCAAGUCAUCAGCUGAUAUUUAUCCCACAUUUUUAUACAAGAUUUCCCCUGUCCUUUCUGUUCAACAAUCCCCCUCAAUGGUUCAGGCUUCUUCCUCCCCCCAAAACAUCAAUCCCUCUAUAAUGUGUAGCAUGCCUUCUAAUGUUACCAGUGCAAGUGGUUCCCUAGCUCUAGAGGAUAUGGGACUAAGAAGGACAAGAACUGUGAUCCCUAAUUCUGUUAAAGUUCAGAUUGCUAAGGUAGCCAAUCAGAUUCCGAGAAUGACACAGGGUGAAAUUGCCCAAAUGUUUGGAAUUGAUAGAACCACAGUGUCAAAGAUACUGAAGCGACGGAGGGAAUAUUUAUGCCCAGAAAAUGAUUCACCAAAAGCAAAGUAUUCUUGUCCACCCAAAGAUUACGUUGAUGUUCCACGUCACGAGACAUCGUCUGGGAAAAGAGUACCAAACAUUUUGUCAGCAUCCAAAGUCAGAAUACAGAGGGAGACGGUUAAUCACGAUAGUCCAGCAGGAGGAAACAAAAUUCCAAAACAACAGAAUCAAGCACCAUCUUCAAAACCUGAAGGACAAACAGUCACUGAGAUCAAAGAAGAGGUGAUGGAGAUUGAGGAUUCAGAGGCUUUAUCACGCGAGAUGAAUAAUUUGGACAAAUUUCGUGACCAACAGAAAAUGAUAGAAGAGGCCAACAAACAACGAAAAGCUUUACUGUCUAAAACUUUGACGGAAAGACAAAGAAAAGCUCGUGAGGAGGCUCAGAAAUUGUCCCAUAUCCAAAAAGAGGUUCAGUUACUUGACAAUCGUCUGUCAGCAGAUGUUUCUCUCAUCAGGAGUCGUAUUGAAUCAGCCAGCAAAGACUACAUGGAAGCACAGAGACGUUAUGACAGAGCAGAAAGAGAAUUCAUUGAGGCAAAGAUGGAUUUACAGAAGAGAUCUGAAUUGAAGGAGCAACUGACUGAACAUUUGUAUACAAUCAUACACCAAAAUGAAUUACGCAAGGCGGAGAAGCUUUCUCAGCUGAUGAAUGAACUUCAUGUGGAAAUGGAGACCGAGGAAAAUGGACUAAAGCUUACAUAUCUUCCUCCUGCAUUUAAUGUAGGUGAUUUUCCAUCUUUGCUUAGGACUAAAUCACAUGAUGCAAAUCAGUCUGGAUCUUCAUCUUCCAAAAAUAAUAGUGAGAAAUCUACAGACACAAAUAAGUCCGAAAAUUCUGCUGGAAGUUCUGAAUCCACUUGUCAACCGGAGGUAGCCAAAGAUGACACUGUUAGUUGUAUGAACACAGAAUCUCCUAAUGCUGCAGACAAGUUAGUGAAAGACUGUGUUACAGUAGCACAAACUACAACACAAAGCCCUGUUGUGAAAAGGCAUGAAGACAGCGUGCAACAAGGAAAUGCAGAGACGAAAUCUAGUGGUACAAAUGUAGAAAAACUUGUGCCAACAUCAUGGACGUUAGAUGUAGUCAUUAAAAAAGAGCCUGAAGAGAGUGUAUAGGAUGUAGUAUUUCAUGUAAUCAUAAAUUCAUCAUUAUACCCUGCAAAACAAGUAUUAUAUAUUGUAAUCACCAUGUCCAUCCAUUCAUAAUUAAGUUUACCUUAGGUGGCUCACUACACCCAGAAAUAGUUUCUCAAAUCAGUACGAAUUGAUUUAAUUAUAAAAGAUAUGAUGAUAUACAAUAAGUAUAUAUGCCAAAAAGGCAAAAAAUAUACAAAUUUGGAUAAAGACAUGAUUUUCAAAAAAAAUCAUUUCAAUACAUAUGAACAAAAGACUCUCGUGGAUUUGAACUCGAGAUAUGCGGUUCACCAGCCCAAUGCUCUAACCACUGAGCUACGAUGAUAGACAAACAAGUCGAUCGAUACAAAUAAUUUCACAAAACAUUAAAUCGCCAUCUUGUGACGUGAUGUCAUACAGAGUAUAAGCUUUAGUGUAGUGAGCUACCCUAAUAGAGGUUUUUUACAUCAACUUCUUUUCCAUGUUCAGUGAUCAAUAAAUUUAUUCAAGAUAUUACAUCUGCAUAAACUGUUCUCCCAAACUGCAGUGCCUCAUCCAUCAUUUGGUGUAGCUGCAGAACUGUAGCUCUCGUGGGAAAAUUGGAAUUUAUCAGAGAGCUACGGAUCCAUCCCAAAUGAUGAACAGUUCAUUUUUUUCUCUGUGUGGUUGAGGUUUUGUUUCGCUGAGUUUUUGCCAUACUGUCUUACAAUUUAGGUCACCAAUCAAUUCAAACCAUCGUUGAUUAUUGUACAUUUAUUCAUAAUCCCAAGAUGUACUACCAAUUUUUUUUUCAUGUUAUGAUAAACACAAAUAAUUAUUAUUAUCAAAUGAAAAGUAAACAGUCCCUCAAAAUGCAGAAUAAGCUCCUAUAUGUUGAAAACUUGAAUUUGAUUCAUUUCUCAAAGCUGUUCAAACAGUACUUCAUUUCAUAGCUGAACUGGAAUGAUUUUAUCCAGAAUAUAUUUAACUGAAGAACAUUUGUGAGAAUAGUAGUUAACUUAGACAGGAUUUUUUCUUUAUGUAGAGCGAAUAUCAAAAACAAAAUUAUUUUCCGUUGACAUGGGACUUGUAAUGAAUGUUUGAAGCUGUGUCUUGAAAAUCAUAUUGGUGUAGUGUGAAAAUGCAUAAGGAAUUUUUUUGAAAUGGUGCUGAUGCAAGAAUACAGUAGUAUUGGACCUCAAUCACACACAGAAAUAGUUGCACUGGAAAAGGAGAUAUUUUGAUAAGGGGGAGGAUCUGUAGCUCUCGGGUACAUUUGUAUAUCCCAGUUGUUUUCCAGAGAGGUGUUUUUACAGAGUUGCAAUUCAGUUUAGUGAUAAGUGGUCAGUCAGGUAAAUUGUGUGUAUACAGGGAAAUCCUGCACGCCUGGUAUCAUUUUAUUUUUGAAAAAAAUUAUUCUGUUCAUACUAUGCACAGAGGUUCCUCAUGACAUGGUGUUGUGUUCCAAUGAAAGUUCAUGGACAAUUGAACAAUGUUUUAUAUUUUUUUUUUUUUUUUUUUUGGUUAUGUUUUACAUUUUAUUUGAAAAUGUUUCUUACAGAGACAUCACCAGAUUUAGGUGAAUUAAGUGCUACAAAUGUUGAAAUAUGCAUGAUGCUCAAGGCUGUUGCAGUGAAGAUUCUUUAUGAUGUCAUUGCCUACUGUGACGGGACCUCCGUUUUUAUACGCCUGUUGUCAGACGGGAUGUAUUAUGGUACAGCUCUAUUGGUCUGUACCUCCAUCCUUUCGUUUGUCUAUUUAGGGUUUUCUGUAGACUGAUACCAAAGGCUUUAUACAUGUAUCAUAUAUUAAAUCACAUUAACAUUUGAAAUCUGAUGACCUUCUCUUGAAAUAUAUAUCAUAUACAUAUGUAUUUCAACACAAGGUUAUCGAAUUCAAAUGAUGCAAAGGACAAUACAUUGAUUGAAGAAGUUAUGGAUAUUUACAUUUAAAAUUUUUGUUGCAUUUAGCUAGGAAAAUACAUUUUCUUUAGUGGUUUUAAAUUCAGCCUUUUCACCUGUGUAUUGUGCAGGUAUAGUUUCUCACAUAAGGGGCAGAUAAUUCUGCUUAUUUGAGUGUGACAUUAUCUUUUCUCCCACAAAAUGGCUACAUAUAUUUAUAUUUUCAAUAUUUUGUUCUAGAGAACUAGAUUAACACAUAUUCACCUGUGAUUUCAAAUGUGACCCUUUUUAGUCCGAUAUAUUCAGCAAUUUUAUUAUAUAAAAGGCAGAGAGAUAUGUAGUUCAUAACAAAAUUUACGAAACUUGAACAUUCAGAUAUGCUAGUAUAUUUAAUAUUAUUGUGCAUUUCCUGAUACAAACUUAUUCAAGUUAUUGAACUUUGUAUAUAUUAAGGAGAUACUCUACAUUGUCAUAAUGGCUAACUUCCUUUCAAAACAUGGAUGAAAAUAUAAAUAUCAGCAAUAUUUGUCUAUUCAUUUAAAAAAUGCUCACCUAGCUGAGUAGCUCAGUAGGUUAGCAUAUCGACUGCUGAACUGCAGAUUGAAUGUUCGAGUCCAGCAGGGGUUUUAAAUUUUUCUUAGAUUGUUUUCUACUACAUCUGCAUUUUUUGACUAAAUAAAUUAAAUUUGAAAAUUUUCAAUUUCGAAAUGUUGUUGUACAUAUCCUUCACUUUUCAUCCAUAUCAAAUUUCUCUGGUGUAGCAUACCUCCUUAACUGUAAUUUUAGAGAGAAAAAAUUGAGGGCAAUAAUCUCUUGGCGAAAUUGCAUGAUUUAGUGUAUGUACUAGAGAAUAAAGGUAUUUUUAAAUACAAUGCAAAUAAGGCAUGCGGGGAGUGUUAGUCCCAUUAUAUUCUACACAUGUAUAUCGUUAUAAUAAUAAAAUAAAACCAGUGAUCAAACUCCA